AUGAAAGGUGAAACAAUGCAUUUAAAUAGAGUCGAUGGAACUCUUCCUCCACCAGUAGUUCUUCCGUAUGGUCCCUAUGGAAUGUAUGGAAACCCUUACGAAAGACCAUUUGACCCAUUGACUGGUGGAAGUAACUGGUAUCAUUACGGACGAAGAAGAAAGACAGUUAAGCUGGAGACAGACGUGAAGAAAGCAACUAAAAAGAAACCAAGGAAGAGAGUUAUAAAG